AUGGCUUGUUAUUAUACAAUUUUCUUUACUAUUGGAAUAAUUUGUUUGCUAAUUUGUGCAACAAAUGCUGCUGAUGAGAACAUCGAAAAUCUUGACCUUUCAUUACUUCGAAAGUUACUUGAAAAGCGUAUGCCUUGUGAAAUACGAGAUCCAAUCACUUAUGAAUGUAAAACACGGGGACCACGAAGUUCAUUUAAACGCCAUUUGAACAACGAAGUGCAUGAUAUAGACAGUGUUCGACGACGAAAAAAACGUCUUCCAUGUGAAGUACGAGAUCCAUGGACAGGUGAAUGUCGUGUACCUGGUCCACGGAGUCCAUUCAAAUGA